AUGCCGAUGUGUAAAAUUUGUUCGCAAACGAUAAGUAGCCGGAAUAGCCCAGGUCUUCAGUGCCAAGGUCGUUGCCAAUUGUUUUUCCAUUACAAGUGUGUUAAACUGCCCGCCACAAUAACUGAUGACUUAUCGGCUGACUCUGGUUUUUUCUGGAAGUGCGCCGAUUGCAGAGACAGCAAAGCAACCGAAGGUCCAGAUGCCAUGAAAGUUCUACUAAUGAAAAUUGAUUCGAUGUUCAAAGCUAUCGUAGAUGUUGAAGCAAGUCAAACUGAAUUUGCCCAAUCACUUCAAUUUUAUGGCAACAAAAUAGACGAUUUCAAUGCCCAGAUGGAAACUGUGAAAAAAGUUAUCAACACUGUUGACACCAUGAAGCAAGAAAUCCAGCAUUUAAACUCGGAAGUUUCCAAUCUGAAAGACAGCAAAGCAACCGAAGGUCCAGAUGCCAUGAAAGUUCUACUAACGAAAAUUGAUUCGAUGUUCAAAGCUAUCGUAGAUGUUAAAGCAAGUCAAACUGAAUUUGCCCAAUCACUUCAAUUUUAUGGCAACAAAAUAGACGAUUUCAAUGCCCAGAUGGAAACUGUGAAAAAAGUUAUCAACACUGUUGACACCAUGAAGCAAGAAAUCCAGCAUUUAAACUCGGAAGUUUCCAAUCUGAAGUACGAUGUUGAGUGGUUAAAUCAACAAGGGCGUUUGAAUAACAUUGAGAUCUUGGGUAUUCCAGAAACAACUGGGAAAAAUCUUUACAAUAUUUUGGAUAAUAUUGCUGGAAUACUUGAAGUUCCAAUCACUAAAUCGGAUGUAACAGAGAUUCAUAGAGUCCAGUUGAACUCAGAAGCAGCUAAAAAAUUUCCUAAGCCUGUCAUAGUCAAACUGAACUCGCAAACUAUUAAGAAUACGGUUAUGCAGGCAGCUCGAACGCACAGAAGAAAUCUUACACUGAAGAAUUUGAAUUUCAGAUCGGAAGAUCCUGUAUAUAUUAAUGAGCAUUUGUCCCCAUUUUUCAAAACACUCCUCAAGAAAUCUCGUAUAUUCUGCAAGGACAAUGGUUUCAAAUUUUGCUGGUCGCAAAUCCGCAAAAUAGAUCGCGAGCUCACUAAAAUAGUUCGUAUAGGUAUGUCUCGUACUAUCGACGACUUAUUCCAUUUAGUUCAACAAGGAAACCAGGAACUGAAAACUGAAAUUCAAAAUCUGAAAGAAUCCUUGAAUAACAAGAUAGCCGUUUUGAAAGGCGAAAACGAUCAGCUGAUUAGAGAAAACUCAGAGUUGAAACAACGCAUAUCAGAAACAGAGAAGAAACUAAAAAAGUAUAACUUAAUUGUUUAUGGAGUACAGGGGGACGACCAGAAGACUGAAUCCGAAGUAAUAAAUAUAGUGAAUGAUAUCUUGAAAGUAAAAUGCAAUCAUCGAGAUUUUAGAGAUAUCUAUAGAAUUGGGAAAUCGGUUAAUGGAGAAGUUAGACCGGUAGUGGUAGAAGUGGUGAACUUUAAUCUGAAAACAUCAAUUUUAUCUUCUGCACGCUCUCAUGGACCCGAGCUGAAGAAGAAGAAUAUCAAUUUCUCACAUGAUUACACAAAAGAAGAAUAUACAAAACGGAAGUUAAUCCAUAAGUACUUAGUCAAAGCCAGGAAAAAUAAUUUAAGUGCAUUCAUAAAGAAUAACAUAUUGACUAUCGAUGGCAAAGAAUUCUCAUAUGAAGAGCUUUUAACUCAAGAAAAUGAGACAGAACAAAUCAACAAUGCUGGAGACACAGAGCUUAUAACUGAUAAAAUCGAGAAGAAAAGAAAGUUCCAAUAA